UCGGACGAAUCUUCUCACAUAGGCAUUAUUCAACACAGAUUAAUUGGAAUGCUUGUCGCACAAACUACAACUCCACCUUUUUCCUCCCAUUUCUUAACUUGCAUUCAAGAUUAUUCCCUCUGAGAGGGCUUUUCUCAAGAGUCUUCUAAACACACUAUACAUACCUCGUAUCUGUAUUCGUAUCCGUAUUCAUUUACGUUCAAUCUUAAUCUUGACAGGAUGAACGAUGCAGAUGUGUCGAAGCAGAUUCAGCAGAUGGUCAGAUUCAUUCGCCAAGAGGCUGAAGAGAAAGCCAAUGAGAUUUCUGUCUCUGCUGAGGAGGAGUUUAACAUUGAGAAACUGCAAAUAGUUGAAGCUGAAAAGAAAAAGAUCAGACAAGAAUAUGACCGCAAGGCAAAGCAGGUGGACGUCAAAAAGAAAAUCGAAUACUCGAUGCAAUUGAACGCGUCGCGUAUAAAAGUUCUUCAAGCGCAAGAUGACAUUGUAAAUUCCAUGAAAGAAUCUGCUGGCAAGGAUCUUCUCAAAGUUGCUGAUGGCAAGAAGGCAUACAAGAAGCUCCUCAAAGACUUGAUUGUUCAGAGUUUACUGCGGCUAAAGGAGCCAGCAGUGUUGCUGAGGUGCAGAGAGGUUGACAAAAAGGUUGUUGAGUCUGUGUUGGAGGAAGUAAAGAAAGCUUAUGCUGAUAAAGCCAAUGUUCCUGCCCCCAAAAUCACUGUCGACGAUCGUGUGUUUCUCCCACCUCCUCCGAAGGGCGGCGAUUCCCAUGAACCCUAUUGUUCUGGUGGAGUGGUGGUGGCCUCCCAAGACGGGAAGAUUGUGUGCGAAAACACCCUUGAUGCGCGGUUGGAUGUCGUGUACAGACAGAAACUGCCUGAGAUUCGGAAGCGCCUUUUAGGUUAAACCAGAUGAGUACUUUCUUACAAGUAAGAAGAAGACUUGUUCUUUGUUGGUUUAGCAGUUUACUUCUGAGAUGAUGAACUGUUGCUUCCAGAAAAUAACGGUUCUUAGCUU